UUCUCGCUUCCAGCCUCCGUCCUGCCGCUUUGCGAGCCGUUUUUUAGGAGGUGGGGCUGCCCGCAGACCCACCCACUAGGGUCUCUAGCUUUCACCUGAGGGUCUGAGGUUCCCGCGGCGCACGUGCGGCGGAUACCCCCACCCCCUUGGUGGGCGGGGUCGUGCUCAGAGCCAAUGAGAGCUUGGGGGGUGGAGGAGUAGGGAAGCUUCCAGAUGGGCAGAUAGGGAGGAGGUUAUAAAGGGGGUACGAGCGAGCCAGUGGGAGAGCAAUGCAGUCCAAGCGGGAGUGUGAGCUGUGGUGUGAGAGGGUGAAUCCAGAGAACAAGGCGGCGCUGGAGGCGUGGGUCAGGGAGACGGGCAUCCGCCUGGUGCAGGUGAACGGGCAGAGAAAGUAUGGCGGGCCACCCCCAGGAUGGGUGGGCAGCCCGCCGCCGGCCGGGUCAGAAGUGUUUAUCGGGCGGCUGCCCCAGGACGUGUACGAGCACCAGCUGAUCCCACUGUUCCAGCGCGUGGGCCGCCUCUACGAGUUCCGCCUGAUGAUGACCUUCAGCGGUCUGAACCGCGGCUUCGCUUACGCCCGCUACAGCUCGCGACGCGGCGCCCAGGCCGCCAUCGCCACGCUGCACAACCACCCGCUGCGGCCGUCCUGCCCGCUGCUCGUGUGCCGCAGCACCGAGAAGUGCGAGCUGAGUGUGGACGGGUUGCCGCCGGGCCUGAGCCGCCGCGCGCUGCUGCUCGCGCUGCAGCCGCUGAGUCCCGGCCUGCAGGAGGCGCUGCUGCUGCCCAGCCCCGGGCCGGCGCCCGCGCAGAUCGCAUUGCUCAAGUUCAGCUCGCACCGCGCCGCAGCCAUGGCCAAAAAGGCCCUGGUGGAAGGGCAGUCACGCCUCUGUGGAGAACAGGUGGCUGUGGAGUGGCUUAAGCCAGACCUGAAGCAGCGACUCCGCCAGCAGCUCACGGAUCCCUCUCUACAGUGCUUACAGCCAGAGGGCAGCCAAGUAGCCCUGGCCAGGGACAAGGGGCUGGAGUUCCAAGGGGCUCGGGCUGCCCUGCAGCUGCUGUGCCAACGGAUGAAGUUGGGCAGCCCAUUGUUCCUCACCAAGUGUUUGGGCACAGGCUCUGCUGGCUGGCACCGAUUCUGGUACCAGGUGGUGAUCCCUGGGCAUCCAGUGCCCUUCAGUGGCCUCAUCUGGGUUGUGCUGGACCCCAGUGGGCAGGAUGGGCAUGAGGUGGCCAAGGAUGCUGUGUCUGCACGGCUGCUGGAGUUUGAGUCUGGGGCCAGCCUCCUGCGGUCUGCUGGGGCUGAGGCAGGAGGUACCAUGGUUCAGCAGUGACCUAAUCCUCUCCCCAGGCAGCCUGAAUGAGUAGGCGGAGCCUGUGUCAGUCCCUGGCCCAGCAGGCCUGGGCAGCUGCUAUCUGAUCCCAAGAAGGGGAGGAGCAUGGGCACUGCCCUAGGCCUGACACAGCCUCCCAGCUGGGGCAGGGCCCACAGCACCUCCGGGCAGCUCAAGUUUGGCUAAGUUGUGGUGAGGGAGCUUCCCUUCCCCAUCCCAGCCUGGGGUUUAACCUGACCCCAGGGUUGUUCUCUGACACACACUCGCACACACACCCCUCUCUCCUCCCACAGCUUAGCAUGAAUCUUUGCUUCUUAUUUUCUUGAUUUGUCUUUGUUGGUGUUUUUAUUUGGGGGCUGGCUGAGCCAAAGGGUCAGAAAUCUGCCUUUGCCCCCACCACUUGGCAUCCUGGUUUUGGUGUAUGCGUAGUUUUGAGUUUUUCUAUGCUGGUUGUAUUUAUAUUAAACCCCUGGUUGGUAUA